AUGGCGCAUCACCGCAAUGGGGCUGCACCGCACGCGUUCUUCUCCAUCACAAACCAGCGAACAGGGGAGGUGCUGCUGGAGUUGACGUCCUUUUCCCUCCCUUUGCCCGCCACAACGGCCGCGUCUGUGGAGGAGAGUCAAAAUUGUUGUCGUCGCUUCAACGACGCAUUUGCGUUUGUUACGGAGGCGCAGGCGAGAAGUUACGAUCUUUUUGGCCGCAGUAUGGCGAAGGAGUGCAGCACGAGGCCUGCCGCAGCCGUCGACGCCCCUCGCGCUCGGAAGGAGAAGGACGUUGACAUGAUGAUGGCGUACGAAGCUCCGAGCAGCAGUGUCAUGGACUCCGCGGAGUGGGAGGAUGACGACGCGUGGCCGGACGACGGCGAUCAUGACGAGGGGGACGGCCGCGGUUUGUUGGGCCCACCCACGAAGAAAACUCGAAGAUAA